CGCGGCCCGGCCUCCCAGGAACCCGGGCUGCGCGGCAUCCGCAGCGGUUCGGGGUCAACGGCGGAGUCGCAGGUCCAUCCCUUCUGGGGCGGCUCUGGAGGCUCGCAGCCAGGGCACAGGCGUGGCAGCCCGGUGACGGGGUCUUGGGGGACAACCCGGCUCCCUGCGUGCAUGCGGGUCCUGCCUGACAGCUCUGGGCUGGGGCCCUCGAGCCCCCUUCUGAGCACCCUGACUUACGGGCAGCACCCACCCAGGACAGUAAACUCCCAAGGCUUUCCCACGCCAGCUUCCUGUCUCCACACUAAACUGUCCCCGCGUAGAUUUCAACCAGAUUCUGUGCUUUUUUUUCUUUAAUGCCCCCGCCCCCCUAUGCACAUCGAGGGGCAAAUUCGAAAGGACUUGUGAUCGUGAAAGGUGCGCCAGAGCUGAAUGCACGGGGAGCUGUUGUCAUUCAAGGAUGUGUCCAUUGAUUUCUCUCCAGAGGAGUGGGAAUGCCUAGACCCUGCUCAGUGGAAUUUAUAUAGAAAUGUGAUGUUGGAGAAUUACAGAAACCUUGUCUCCCUGGGCCUUACUGUGUGUAAGCCCUACCUGAUCUCAUUGCUGGAGCAGGGACUGGCGCCUUGGAAUGUGAAGAGACAAGAGUCAGGAACCAUGUACCCAGAAAAUCUUUGUGACUGUAACGACUCUGUAAAAGCCUUUGAUCAGCACACAAAACUCAGCAUCCAUCAGUGUGUGCAUGGUGAAGAGAAGCCAUACAAACACGAAGAACAUGGCAAAGGCUUUACUGAUGAUUCGGCAUCUGAUCAGCAUCACAGGGUGCACAAAGGAGAUUUGCCCUACCAAUGUAAAGAUUGUGACAAAGCUUUUAAAUACCGCUCAAUCCUCUACCAACACCACAUAAUUCAUACUGCUGCAAGACCCUACAAAUGUAAAGAGUGUGGCAAAGCCUUCAAGAGAAGUAGAAACCUUAUACAACACCAGACAACUCACAAGAGAGAGAAACCAUACAAAUGUAAGAAGUGUGGCAAAGCCUUUACUACACAUUCCAUGCUUACUCAACACCAGAUAAUUCACACUGGAGAGAAACCCUACAAAUGUCAAGAGUGUGGGAAAGCCUUUAAAUAUAAUUCAACCCUUACUCAACACGAAGUUAUCCAUACUGAAGCAAAGCCCUACACAUGUCUGGAAUGUGGCAAAGCCUUCAAGAGAAGUCACACCCUUAGUCAACAUCAGAUAAUUCAUAAGGGAGAAAAACCAUACAAAUGUAAAGAAUGCGGUAAGGCCUUUAUUAAGCACUCAUCUCUUACUCAACACCAAGUAAUUCAUACUGGAGAGAAACCCUAUAAAUGUAAAGAGUGUGGGAAAGCCUUCAGAUAUCAGUCAACCCUGACUCGACACCAAAUUGUUCAUACUGGGGCAAAACCCUACAAAUGUCAAGAGUGUGGCAAAGCCUUCAAUAAUAGCUCAACUCUUACUCGACACCAGAUCAUUCACACGGGAGAGAAGUCCUACAAAUGUCAGGAGUGUGGGAAAGCCUUUUACUGUUCCUCAUUCUUGAUCCAGCAUAUGAAACUUCAUUUUGAAGAGAUGCCCUAUAGAUGCAAAGAGUGUGGUAAACCCUUUAGGCUUUCCUCACAGCUCAUUCGACACCAGAGAAUCCAUACUGGAGAGGAACCUUAUGUGUGUAAAGAGUGUGGCAAAGCCUUCAAGUACCACUCAAACCUGACUCGACACCAAAUACUCCACACUGGAGCAAAACCCUACAAAUGUCAGGAGUGCGGCAAAGCCUUCAAUAAUAGUUCAACACUUACUCGACACCAGAUAAUUCACACGGGAGAGAAGUCCUACAAAUGUCAGGAGUGUGGGAAAGCCUUUUACUGUUCCUCAUACUUGAUCCAGCAUAUGAAACUUCAUUUUGAAGGGAUUCCCUAUAGGUGUAAAGAGUGUGGCAAACCUUUUAAGUGUUCCUCACAGCUUAUUCGACACCAGAGAAUGCAUAGCGGAGAGAAGCCCUAUGUGUGUAAGGAGUGUGGUAAAGCCUUCAGCUGUACUUCAUACCUUAGCAAGCAUCAGCGAAUUCACUCUAGGGAGAAGCUCUACAGGUGUGAAGAGUGUGGCAAAGCCUUCAGCUGUUCUUCCUAUCUUUCCAAACAUCAGAGAAUUCAUAUUGGAGACAGACUCUAUAAAUGUAAAGACUGUGGCAAAGCCUAUUACUUUUCUUCACAGCUUAACCGACACCAAAGGAUUCACACUGGAGAGAAACCCUACAUAUGUAAAGAGUGUGGCAAAGCCUUCAACUAUUCUUCGUAUCUUAGUAAACAUCAGCGAAUCCAUGUUGUAGAAAAACUCUAUGUAUGUAAGGAGUGUGGCAAAGCCUUUAACUGUUCUUCAUACCUUACUAAACACCAGAGAAUUCACACUGGAGACAGAUUUUACAAAUGUAAAGAGUGUGGCAAAGCCUAUUACUUUUCCUCACAGCUUAACCGGCACCAGAGGAUUCAUACCAGAGAGAAACCCUAUCGAUGUAAAGAGUGCAGCAAGGCCUUUUUCACUUCUUCCAGCCUGAAACGGCAUCAGGAAACUCAUAUGCUAGUGAAAUCCAGCAGGGUGGAGAACUUGGCAAAGCAAGAAUAGCAAGAUGUUUGUCACUGGGUAGUUCAUAAAGGAGAAAAGGCUACAAUGCAGUUCAGGACUUGAACAGCUGCUGGAUCUCUACGUCACACCAGAAGGCUCAUUUAUGCAGGAGACACUGCAAGUGUGAUAAAUUCAGCAAAACCUUUAACAGGUGUGUGGCAGUUACUCCAUGGUAAAUGAUCCACAGUGGAGAACAACUUACAGAUGUGACAAUAUGGCUUGGCCUUUGAUGACAGCCCUUUCUUAUUGGACAGCAGCAAAUUCAUAGCAGAAAGACCACCGUCCUAUGUGUGGACCUCAGAAAAGUCUAAUACUGUACCAUAAAUCCCCUCACGAGAUAAAAAAGUUAACAAAGCUUUCACUAAUACCUCAGAUCUUUUCUUGAUGACAGCCCAUACCUCAAUAAACCUUGAUGUAUAUAAAGAAUUGUCAUAGCACAGAACUCUUAGGACUAUGUAGAAUGUGGCCAAACUUGGAACUUCUGCUUAUCACUAAUCAGUGGGGUGGAAAGAAAUAUAUCUCACAGGUGGCAGAGUUAUGCGAACUCAUCUCUGAAAAGAUGGAAUUUGCUAUACAUUCAAAUAUGCUAAAUAACUUCACUGUUAAAAACUACACAAAACUUGGCCCUUGGGCUGCUUUCUGUGAAGUUUUCAACUGUUUUCUCCAGAGAGCAUAAAAUGGAUUUUGAAAAACCAUAUAUUAUGGUGUAUAUUAUGUAUAAGCUUUAUUUUAGUACAUACAUGGAGUGAAUGGUUCUUGUCUCUCUGAUAUGUAUUGCCUGACAUGUUAUUUUGUCAGAUAUUAGACCAUCUUAUCGAAGUAUGUACAUAACAGAUCUUAGUAAUAUUUUGUUGCGGAAUAGUGAAUUACUGGUAUUUUUUUUUCAGUUUUUAGGGAUUGGAUGACUGAUAAUUCUUGUUCUCAGUGUCCUUAUCCUUCAAACAGAUGUGUAGAUUUGAAGAUUUUCUUGUGUGAUAUUUUAUUCCAUCCUUUUUUCACUUACUAGAAAUUAUGAGGAAUGUAAAAGGGUAAAAAAGUGUUCUAGCUUUCUGAAUCUUAAGUUAUUUAUAAUUUUUUUUUGGUUUUACGAGACAGGGUUUCUCUGUAUUGUUUUGGAGGCUGUCGGUCCAGCCUAGCCUCGAAUUCACAGAGAUCCGCCUGCCUCUGCCUCCUGAGUGCUGGGAUUAAAGGCGUGCGCUACCACCGCCCGACUAUAAUUUUUUAUCAUAUGGUUUUUAUUCACACAUCACCCCUUAGUUAUACAAAGAAUACAGAAAUAUUGGUAUUCAUUUGUGUUGACUGUGACAUACAAAUCGAAAUCUAAUGAUUAAUUCUAGGAGUAGGACUAAAGAAACACCACACUUCAUGGAUAAUAAUUAAGAAUAAAAGGAAGGGCCGGGCUUUGGAGCCUAUCCUGGCACUCUCUCUGUAGACCAGGCUGGCCUCGGACUCACAGAGAUCCGUCUGCUUCUGACUCCCGAGUGCUGGGAUUAAAGGUGUGCGCCACCAACACCUGGCUCCAAAAAUAUUUUUAAGGGAGUAGAAACCUUGUGGGUUUUUUUGGGGGGGGGCGGUGGGAAUACAGUCUAUUUUGUAUAAAUGGAACUCAUUUUAAAAUUUCAUUAUUCUUAGUUUAGAAUAGUUACUUCCUGGUUCUACUUCUGUUAGUCAAGAAAGACAUAUAUGAGUUCAAGUUUAUGACUUUGUUUCUGUAACAGUUUGUUGGUUGUGACUCUCCUCUGGGCCAACAACCAGAACUUCAGGAGUUUAGCUGUGCCUGUUUGCAAAUGAUCAUCGCAGCUGAGUCUGUUGACUGACCCCUCAUAGGAGAAGGUUGGUCAGGGGACUCUCAUCUAAGUUUACAGCACUCCAUAAUGUCAGUUGUAUGCAGUUUUGCCCUAAUUGCAUGUGGUCUUGAGGAAGGACUUGGAAAUAUAGGCAAGGGAAGAAUGGAGGAGGGGCUUCAUCUAUGUUGCUGUGGGAAACCCACGGCAACUUCUGGGUAAAGACUUACCCGAACAGGCUUUUGUAGGGAAAAGCACCCACACUAUAAGUAACCCCUUACCUAUGCUCUGUAAGUAAGUCUAAUAAACUCAUUGGUUCUCCAGAGUGACCUUA